CGCGUCUGACCAUAAAAGCCAGGCUUGGCUACCUUUCGGCUUCGCAGAGUCUUGGCUGAAGUUAAGCGCCGUGUGGGCUCUCAAAGAUAACCCCUGCCUGACCAGCUGACCUUACCGCGCCAUGGCUCUCCUCCGUUUGAUUCCACCAAAACUCUGUCUCUCUGCUCUACCGAUUCUGUUCUUACUUUCCUUGGUGAUCUCCUCCUCCGUCGCAUCUGCCUCCAACGACGACUCCUUGAGUGCUUACCAGGUUCUUCAGCGAUACAACUUCCCUGUCGGCCUUCUUCCCAGAGGUGUUACCGGCUACGAAUUAGACCGCUCCACCGGCAGAUUCAAAGCCUUCUUGAACGGUUCUUGUAGUUUCAAGAUCGAGUCCUACGACCUCAAGUACCAGUCCACCAUAACCGGCGUCAUCACCCAGGGCAGCCUCUCGAGCUUGCAAGGUGUCAAGGUGAAGAUCCUUAUUCUGUGGGUUAAUAUUAUCUCCGUCACCCGCAUCGACGACGAGCUUCAGUUCUCCGUCGGCAUCGCUUCUGCAGAUUUCGACGUUAGUAACUUCUACGAGAGUCCCGCCUGCGGCUGCGGCUUUGAUUGUCUCGCUGUGGUUUCCAAUCAGACCCUUUCGCAUCAAAGCUUUUAGGUUUUCCUCUUAAUCCACUGCGUCCUCCAAUUUCAGAGUCAUGGCGUUUACUAAAAUAAGAUCCGUGGUUCUGAACUGGUGAUACAUGCGAGGACAAUAUUUGGAAUUGGAGGGGGAUAUUUCUGGCUUAGAUUAGGGACAGAAGCAACUAGUCUUUAGGCAGUCAGGCUAAGGAAUAAAUGUAACGAACUCUCAGUUCUUUAUCUACUUAAUGAUAUUAAUUAAUAUUC